UUUUACCCAUGGGUUCUGAAUCUAUGCAUAUUGGCGCCAUUUUGGAGCUAGGAGGGGGAAGAGAGCUGCAGAGGAGGACGCUAUUUAUCACUAUUCAUCGUAACAGGCAGAGAAGAGCUGAAGAGGAUGGCUCACUCUAAAGCUCGAGCCACAGAUGGAAAGGUGACCUACCCCCCAGGGGUCAAGGAGAUCUCGGACAAAAUCUCCAAAGAGGAAAUGGUCCGCCGACUCAAAAUGGUGGUUAAGACCUUCAUGGACAUGGACCAAGACUCAGAGGAAGAAAAGGAACUUUAUCUCAACCUUGCUCUUCAUCUGGCCUCAGACUUCUUUCUCAAACACCCAGACAAAGAUGUGCGCCUGCUUGUGGCGUGCUGUUUAGCAGACAUAUUCCGAAUUUACGCCCCAGAGGCACCGUAUACCUCUCCAGAUAAACUAAAGGACAUUUUCAUGUUCAUUACGAGACAGCUGAAAGGACUGGAGGACACAAAAAGUGCUCAGUUCAACAGAUACUUCUACCUGCUGGAGAACAUAGCUUGGGUGAAGUCUUACAACAUUUGUUUUGAGCUUGAAGACAGCAAUGAAAUUUUCACCCAGCUUUACAGGACGCUCUUUCAAGUCAUCAAUAAUGGCCACAACCAGAAGGUGCACAUGCAUAUGGUGGACUUGAUGAGCUCCAUCAUCUGCGAGGGAGACACGGUAUCACAGGAAUUACUUGAUACCGUGUUGGUCAACCUGGUUCCAGCACAUAAGAACUUGAAUAAGCAAGCGUAUGAUCUGGCUAAAGCUCUGCUGAAGAGGACCGCUCAGGCUAUCGAACCCUACAUCACCAACUUUUUCAACCAGGUUCUUAUGCUGGGAAAGACUUCAGUCAGCGAUUUGUCCGAGCACGUGUUUGACCUCAUCCUGGAGCUGUACAACAUCGACAGCCACCUACUCCUCUCGGUGUUGCCUCAGCUGGAGUUUAAGCUGAAGAGUAAUGAUAACGACGAGAGGCUGCAGGUGGUGAAGCUGCUAGCUAAGAUGUUUGGAGCCAAGGACUCGGAGUUGGCUGCACAGAACAAACCACUUUGGCAGUGUUACCUUGGAAGGUUUAAUGACAUCCAUGUGCCUAUACGACUGGAGUGUGUGAAGUUUGCAAGUCAUUGUCUCAUGAACCAUCCAGACCUGGCCAAAGACCUCACAGAAUUCUUGAGGGUUAGAUCGCAUGACCCAGAGGAGGCCAUCCGCCAUGAUGUCAUCGUCUCCAUAGUAACCGCUGCUAAAAAAGACCUGUCUCUGGUCAAUGAUGCAUUGCUCAACUUUGUAAAGGAGAGAACCCUGGACAAGAGAUGGCGCGUACGAAAGGAGGCUAUGAUGGGUCUGGCAUCGAUCUACAAAAAGUAUGCUCUGCAAGGAGAAGGUGGGAGGGAAGCUUCCAAACAGAUUUCAUGGAUCAAAGACAAACUGCUUCAUAUCUACUACCAGAACAGCAUCGACGACAGGCUGCUGGUGGAGCGGGUCUUUGCUCAGUAUAUGGUUCCUCACAACCUGGAAACUGCUGAGAGAAUGAAGUGUCUGUACUACCUGUACGCUACUCUCGAUACAAAUGCUGUCAAAGCUCUAAAUGAGAUGUGGAAGUGCCAGAACCUGUUAAGACACCAUGUUAAAGACUUACUGGAUCUGAUCAAAAAACCUAAGAGUGAAGCGUCCUCCAAGGCCGUGUAUGCCAAAAUCAUGGUGAUUACAAGGAACCUGCCAGAUCCAGGCAAAGCCCAGGACUUUGUGAAGAAGCUGGCUCAGGUCCUGGACGAUGAUGAGCGGAUCAGAGAUCAGCUGGAAACGUUGGUCAGCCCCACCUGCUCCUGCAAGCAGGCAGAAGUCUGUGUGAGAGACAUCACUAAAAAGCUGGGCAGCCCCAAACAACCCAGCAAUCCAUUCCUGGAAAUGGUGAAGUUUCUGUUGGAGAGAAUCGCUCCCGUUCACAUCGACACCGAGUCCAUCAGUGCUUUAAUAAAGCAGGUGAAUAAAUCCAUAGACGGGACAGCCGAUGAUGAAGAGGAGGGAGUUCCUACAGAUGAGGCGAUCAGAGCAGGACUGGAACUGCUUAAGGUGCUGUCCUUCACUCACCCAGUGUCCUUUCACUCCGCUGAGACUUUUGAGUCUUUGCUGGGCUGUCUGAAAAUGGAUGACGAGAAAGUUGCAGAAGCGGCGCUGCAGAUCUUCAAGAACACUGGCAGCAAGAUGGAGGAGAGUUUCCCUCACAUUAAGUCUGUUCUAUUGCCAGUACUGCAAGCCAAAGCAAAGAGAGGACCUCCUCGACAGGCUAAAUAUGCCAUCCACUGCAUCAACGCAAUGUUCAGCAACAGAGACACACACUUUGCCCAAAUAUUUGAGCCUCUACACAAAAGCCUGGAUCCAGCUAACCUGGAGCAGCUCAUCACUCCUUUAACAACCCUCGGCCAUCUGGCCCAGCUGGCCCCAGAACAGUUUGCUGCGCCGCUCAAAUCUCUAGUUGCCAACUUCAUAGUGAAGGAUCUGCUCAUGAACGACAGGAUUCCUGGCAAGAAAACAACCAAACUGUGGGUUCCAGAUGAUGAAGUGUCUCCAGAAACGCAGGCUAAGAUCCAGGGCAUCAAACUGAUGGUGAGGUGGCUGCUGGGAGUCAAGAACAACCAGAGCAAAUCGGGGAACUCCACCCUGAGGAUGCUGACUGCUAUUUUACACAGCGAUGGAGACCUGACUGAGCAGGGCAGGAUGGGUAAGCCGGACAUGUCGAGGCUGCGGCUGGCAGCAGCGUGCGCCCUGCUGAAGCUGGCACAGGAGCCCUGCUAUCAUGAAAUCAUCACACUGGAGCAAUAUCAGCUUUGUGCUCUUGUCAUCAAUGAUGAGUGCUACCAGGUCCGACAGUGUUUUGCCCAGAAGCUUCACCGUGGUCUGUGUCGCCUCCGCCUGCCGCUGGAGUACAUGGCCGUGUUCGCUUUGUGUGCCAAGGACCCCGUUAAGGAGAGAAGGGCUCACGCCCGCCAGUGCCUGGUGAAAAACGUCAACAUACGGCGAGAGUACCUCAAGCAGCACGCCGCCAUCAGCGACAAGCUGCUGUCUCUGCUGCCGGAGUACGUGGUGCCGUACACCGUACACCUACUGGCACACGAUCCAGACUACGUGAAAGUUCAGGACAUCGAGCAGCUGAAGGAAAUCAAAGAAGCUUUAUGGUUUGUGCUGGAGAUCAUCAUGGCCAAGAACGAGAACAACAGCCACGCUUUCAUCAGAAAAAUGGUGGAAAAUAUGAAACAGACAAAAGACGCCCAGGCUGCCACUGAUCCCAAAAGCAAUGAGAAACUGUACACGGUGUGUGACGUAGCCAUGAACAUCAUCAUGUCAAAAAGCACCACCUACAGCCUGGAGUCGCCUAAAGACCCGGUGCUGCCUUCACGCUUCUUCACCAAACCAGACAAGAAUUUCAGCAACACUAAAAACUACCUUCCCCCAGAGAUGAAGGCGUUCUUCACACCAGGAAAACCCAAGUCUGCUAACGUUUUGGGGGCGGUAAACAAACCGCUGUCAUCGGCGGGUAAACAGCUGCAGAGUAAAGGCUCCCGUAUGGAGACCACCAGCAACAACGACUCCUCGUCCAAUCCGGGCUCCCCACAGCGCACCAAGAGCAGGCACGACAGCACAGAAAUGGACCACAGUGAAAAUGAAGACAUCUGCCUGAAGAGAGCAGACAGUGAUAAGGACAUUGAAAAGCCUCGCGGCCGCAAAAGGGGCGUGGCUUCCAACGACGACCAGGAGAUCAAGCCGAAACGAGGGCGUAAAAAAGCCGCCGCGACUGUAGUGGCCGAGUCCGAGGACCAAUGGGACGAGGACAGCCGACCCGAGGACGAGCAGAACAGUCCCCCCAAAAAGGCUCGCAGGGGCCGGCCGCCGAAGUCCGCCGCCGCCGCCAACCAGGACACUCCUGCCAAGGGAAGGAGGGGCCGCAAGAAGGCAGUUCCUUCUCACGAGGAGGAGGAAGAAGAGGAAGAUGAAGAGGAGGAGGAGAGGGGGGAUGAGGAUGAGGAGGAAGAAGACGACGAUGACAGGAGUAGUGAAAACAUAGAAGUGAAGACGAAGGGAGGAAGACAAGCCAGAGCGCCGCGGCGAUCUCAAGGCUCAGAGUCAGCAGAGUCCACCCCACAGAAGAGGAGAGGGCGCCCCCCCAAAUCCGCUCAGCCUGCAGCAAAGAAACCAGCGCGUGGAGGAAGAACGAAAGCCGCCGCCGCCACAAGGGAGGACUCUGAGGAUGAAGAUGAAGAAGAGGAUGAGGAGCAGGAAGAUGAGCCAACACCCAGGGGUCGCAAGAAGGCAGCUGGGCGACGAAGAUGAGCUAGAAUCUAGCGGAGGAUGGCAGAAGAAAGGCCCGUUUUCCCUGCGAAGUGAAGAGGGAACGACGCCGCCAGAAAGAAAUGGACACUGAACUUUUUUAACUUUUCAUAUGCCGUUGCUCCUACUGUUACACAGACCCGUACACGUGCACACUACACCAGAACAUCCGCAUCCGUUGUGGGUUUAUGCUUUGUGUUGCAUUGUGAUGACGUUCACCGCAUUAGGUAAAGCUCAUUUUAACAGGAAAAACAAAAAAAAGCCGAAAAAGAUCCCUCUUGUAAAUAGUCCCUUCUGUCUGUUUCAUGUUCUGUUGUUGUGUUUUUAUCUUGACUGGGUGAUGCUGUAAUGCCUUUUCCCACUGACGAUGAUGAUUAUUAUUAUUAUUAUUAUUAAAGUGCUCCCAUAAAGCAAUACUGCUUUUCAAACUCCUCAUGAUUUUAACAGAGUUUAACUUUUUUUUUCUUUUUUAACAUCAAAUAUGUCACCUGACCUUUAAUGCAAACAUGUUUUUGUUUACAGCUCUGUAUAAUAUUAUUCUUUUUUUUUUAUAUUGAGUACUUAAGUGUGAGAAAGCUGUCCACAUGUAGGUUUUCCUCCGGUUGUUCUGGUGUUUGUUUCGUUCCUCGGUUUGUUUCCCGCUGAUAGGAAGUCAUGGUCGGCCGUGUUUUGUCGUGUUGGUCGCCGCUGAUCUUUUUGGCCUGGCAUCCACCCAGUCAGAUCCUUUGUUGUAUCAAUAUAAUUCUCUAUGAAACCAGA